AUGGCAAUGGAGGCAACAGCUGCAGCCACCUCGGUGCUUGGAGCUUCCUCGCUCACCUCUGCAAUCCUCAAAGCGUUACUGCUCCUGGUCACGAUGGUGUGCCUCGUUCGAACCAUAAGGCCGCAGCGGAAGACCAAGUUCACCGCGUCGCUCCCGCCAGGGCCGACGCCGUGGCCCAUCGUCGGAAACUUGCCGGAGAUGAUGCUGAACAAGCCGGCGUUCCGUUGGAUCCACCACGUCAUGAAGGACAUAGGCACCGACAUCGCCUGCAUCAAGCUUGGCGGCGUCCACGUCAUCCCGAUCACCUGCCCAGCGAUCGCGCGUGAGGUGCUGAGGAAGCAGGACACCACCUUCGCCUCCCGCCCGCUCACCUUCGCCUCCGAAACCUUCAGCGGCGGCUACCGGAACGCCGUGCUGUCCCCCUACGGCGACCAGUGGAGGAAGAUGCGCCGCGUGCUCGCCUCCGAGAUCGUCUGCCCCUCCCGCCACAAGUGGCUCUGCAGCAAGCGCGCCGACGAGGCCGACAACAUCACCCGCUACGUCUACAGCCUUGUCAAAACGAAGUCCGGAGGCGCCGUCGACGUCAGGCACGUCGCGCGCCAUUACUGUGGCAACGUCAUCCGCCGCCUCGUCUUCAACAGGCGCCACUUCGGCGAGCCGCAGCCCGACGGUGGCCCCGGCCCGCUUGAGGUGCAGCACGUGGACGCCGUGUUUAGAUCGCUGGGGCUCCUCUACGCCUUCUGCGUCUCCGACUACCUGCCCUGGCUGCUAGGCCUUGACCUCGACGGCCACGAGAAGAUGGUCAAGGAGGCCAACAAGAUAGUGAACGGGCUGCACGACAAGGUCAUCGACGAGCGGUGGAGGCAGUGGAAGAGCGGCGAGAGGAAAGAGCCCGAGGACUUCCUCGACGUGCUCAUUACACUCAAGGCCGCCGAUGGCAAAGCGUUGCUCACCAUCGAGGAGGUCAAAGCUCAGUCGCAGGACAUCACGUUCGCGGCCGUGGACAACCCGUCGAACGCGGUGGAGUGGGCGCUGGCGGAGACGGUGAACAACCCGGAGCUAUUGGAGAAGGCGGCGGCGGAGCUCGACGGCGUCGUCGGCCGUGGCCGGCUAGUGCAGGAGUCCGACAUCCCGUGGCUUUGCUACCUCAAGGCCUGCAUCCGCGAGGCGUUCCGCCUGCACCCCGUGGCGCCGUUCAACGUCCCCCACGUCGCGCUCGCCGACGCCACCGUCGCCGGCUACCACGUCCCCAAGGGCAGCCACGUCAUCCUCAGUCGCAUCGGCCUCGGCCGCAACCCCGCCGUCUGGGACGACCCGCUCCGCUUCGAUCCCGGCCGCCACAUCAUCCCCGGGGAUCCCACAGCGGAGGUCACGCUCUGCGAGAACGAGCUGCGCUUCAUCUCCUUCAGCACCGGCCGCCGCGGGUGCAUCGCGGCCUCACUCGGCACCGCCAUGAGCGUCAUGCUCUUCGGCAGGCUCCUCCAGUGUUUCACCUGGAGCAAGCAAGCUGCGGUCACGACCAUCGACCUGAGCGAGUCGAGGAACGACACCUUCAUGGCCAAGCCGCUCGUGCUGCAUGCCGAGCCACGGCUGCCGGCGCACCUCUACCUGGGCAUGUAUAAUUAA